GAGGAGGCGGAGGAGGAUGUUGUGAAGGCAGGUUGUAAGUGACCGAGCCACUCGUUCAUCGAGCAGGGAGGUGAACACACACUUCACAUCAUUUACCAUGCUGCGAGGCAGUUAGACAGACCUUCAAGCCUUUUAAGUCAUUGUUACUGUAGGAUUUUUCAAUGACCAACCGUAACAGCAAAGACAUCAAGCUGAAUUCAGAGAAACAUCGCUGCCUCUCCCUUCUUUGCGACCGAGGAGGGCACCCAGCACCCAGGCCGUCAGUGGCAGCUGCCUUCGCAGCAAGCGUUAGCAGUUAACAGGCUAAUAUAAGGAGAUCUGUCUUCUUUUGAACCACCAUGAUGAUCAAGGACCUGUGUUUCAACUUUACUUCUGCUGGGAUGGAAGAACAUCAUUGAUUCAAGAGGGAACCAAUAUCCUGGAUGCCUUGACAUACAGGACGUGGUCAAUCCAAGAUGGAGAAAAAGAAAAUGUGCCCACGCCUUCUCGACUACUUGGUGGUGGUUGGAUCAAGGCAACCAAGUAGUGAUAGCGUGGCCCAGACCCCUCAGCUCCUACGCCGCUACCCGUUGGAGGACCAUCACGACUUCCCACUCCCACCAGAUGUGGUGUUCUUCUGCCAACCAGAAGGCUGCCUGAGUAUACGCCAGCGCAGAGUUAGCUUACGCGACGACUCCUCGUUUGUUUUCACACUGACCGACAAGGACUCAGGAAUCACCCGAUAUGGAAUCUGUGUCAACUUCUACCGAUCCUUUCAGCGUGGGCAUCACCGUCCUCGAGGAGAUAAGAGCAGUCACACUGAGACAGCAGCACAGGCGGCCGAGACCACAAGUGAGGCGUCUGAUGGCAGCAGUGGAGGCCCACUCCCUGUGGUUUCUGCACCCAACAGCACUGAGUCAGUACCUCCACCUGCCUCUGGAGAAGACGGUGGACAGCCAGGGGCCGAGCUAAAUUCUGGCAGGUCCCCACAGCACAGACGGAGUGCUGCAAAGAUGGCAGCCCGGAGCCGCAACAGCACACUGACCUCACUGUGCAUACUCAGCCACUACCCCUUCUUCUCCACCUUUAGAGAAUGCUUAUAUAUUCUCAAGAGGCUGGUCGACUGUUGCAGUCAGAGGCUAACUCAACGAGCUGGGCUCCCACGUGCCACCCAAAGGGACACCAUGUGGCGGGUGUUUACUGGCGCGUUGUCAGUGGAGGAGAAAGGCAGCCAGCUGCUGGCCGACCUUCGGGAGAUUGAAUCCUGGGUGUACCGAUUGCUGCGCUCACCAGUACCAGUGGGAGGUCAGAGACGUGUAGAUGUGGAGGUGCUGCCCCAAGAACUCAAACGUCCACUCACCUUUGCCUUGCCUGACAACUCGCGCUUUGCCAUGGUCGACUUCCCCCUGCACCUGCCUUUAGAGUUGCUGGGUGUGGACGCUUGUCUGCAGGUUCUCAGCUGUGUCCUGCUGGAGCACAAGGUAAUUCUUCAAUCCCGAGAUUACAACGCUUUGUCUAUGAGCGUCAUGGCCUUUGUGGCCAUGAUCUACCCCCUGGAGUACAUGUUCCCUGUCAUCCCCUUACUGCCGACUUGCAUGGCUUCUGCCGAACAGCUCCUUCUUGCUCCCACUCCAUACAUAAUCGGUGUACCAGCCAGCUUCUUUCUAUACAAAUCGGAUUUCAAAAUGCCAGAUGAUGUUUGGCUUGUUGACCUUGACAGCAGUAAGGUUAUAGCCCCUACCAAUGCAGAGACUCUUCCACCUCUUCCAGAGCCUGAAGCAGGCGAGCUUAAGAAGCAUCUAAAACAGUGUCUGGUUAGGUUGACCGUGAUCACCCAAAAGCAGAUCUUCUCCUCUGAAAAUAAGGCCUUGGCCAGUAUGAGUUUGAACACCCAGCCCAUUUUGAACCUGGAGAAGUUCCAGGAAGGCCAAGAGAUGCCCCUACUCCCACCUGGACGCGAUAAAGCCUCACCAUCCUCGACUGAGUUCAACCCUCUCAUUUAUGGCAAUGACGUUGAUUCCGUAGAUGUAGCCACCAGGGUUGCCAUGGUGCGGUUCUUCAACUCUCCAAAUGUUCUCCAGGGCUUCCAGAUGCACACUCGCACCUUGCGCCUAUUUCCCCGACCGGUGGUCGCUUUUCAGUCAUCCUCUUUUCUUGCCUCUCGACCACGUCGCUCUGGGUUUGCAGAUAAACUUUCUCACACACAGGCAGUGGAGUUCUAUGGAGAGUGGGCUCUCAAUCCCACUAACCUCGCCUUUCAGAGGAUACAUAACAAUGUGUUUGAUCCAUCUUUAAUUGGGGAUAAACCCAAGUGGUAUGCACACCAACUACAGCCAGUAGUCUACAGAGUUUAUGAUGGGAGCUCUCAGCUGGUUGAGGCUUUGGCCAGCCCCUUGGAAGAUGAAGGCAACGAGUCAGAUCCGACAGAUAGUGGUAGUGACAGCGAAGGAUACGAUGACUCCAGCUCAUCUUAUUCUUCUCUCGGAGACCUGGUGAGUGAGAUGAUUCAGGGCGACAUCCAGGGCGACACGCCAAGUUUGGAUCCGCCUUGCCAUGCUGCACUGGGAGAUGCUAGUGAGGUUGAGUUUCAAGACUUUCAGGAACUGCAGGAAGGUCAUAGCUUGGAGGGUCCACCUGGUGGGGACGGAGCUGCAGAAACCUCUGACGGACAAACUCUUCGCUCAAGCUCCAGCACAACUGCAAGUUCAAGUCCCAGCACAAUUAUCCAGGGAGUCAACAAUGAGCAGGCUGAAGUACUUGAAAUGGAAGCAUCAGCAAGUGUCGCUUUACAGAACCCUGUCCCGGGAUUGGGCAGCCAGCCGUUUCUCAGACCUUCAGCUGAUGCUGGUCUGGUGGAUGCAGCCAACAAAAAGCAAGAGUAUGACAACCCAUACUUUGAGCCUCAGUAUGGCUUCCCCUCUGAGGAUGACCCUGAUGCAGAAGAACAAGUGGAAUCAUACACCCCUCGAUUCAACCAGAACCUCAAUGGCAACAAAACACAGCGACCUUUACGUCCCAGUAGUCUGAGGCUUCCGGGAGAGUCUGACGGAGAAGGAGAUUCACACAACAGCUCGCCAAACUCCACUAUUUCUAACAGCAGCAAUGAUGGAUUUGGGGGACUUAUGUCCUUUGCUAGCAAUCUUUACAAGAACCACGGCACCAGUUUCAGUCUGUCUAAUCUUGCGCUUCCCAACAAGGCAGCAAGAGAGAAAUCUACACCUUUCCCCAGUCUGAAAGGAGCACGAGCACCUCGAGCCCUUGUGGACCAGAAGUCUUCAGUAAUCAAACACAGUCCAACAGUGAAGAGAGAAUCCCCCUCACCUCAGGGCCGAAUAAACAACACUAGUGAAAACCAGCAGUUCUUGAAGGAAGUGGUGCAGAGUGUUCUGGAUGGACAAGGGGUCGGCUGGCUUAACAUGAAAAAAGUACGCCGCCUCUUGGAGAAUGAGCAGCUUCGUGUCUUCGUGCUGAGUAAGCUGAACAGAGCUGUCCAGUCGGAAGAAGAUGCCAGACAGGAGAUCAUACGAGAUGUGGAGGUGAGCAGAAAGGUUUACAAGGGUAUGCUAGACAUCUUGAAGUGCACAGUUUCCAGUCUGGAGCACUCUUACACCAAUGCAGGCCUUGGAGGAAUGGCCAGUGUCUUCAGCUUACUGGAAAUAGCACGCACACACUAUCAAACCAAAGACCCAGAAAAACGCAAACGAAGCCCCACAGACAGUGCUGGCAGUCCGGGAAGUAAAGAGAGUCCUUCUGGUCGCAUGGAGACUGCCAGACCUCAGGGCCUCCUGAAUAUUCCCCACCUGCAGCUGCCGCACCACACAACGGGCAAAGGAGCCCGCCAUUUUGAUACCCGGAGUCUGAACGAGGAGAACUUUAUUGCCUCGAUUGAAUUGUGGAGCAAGCACCAGGAUAAGCAAAAAGCUAUGGAAAAACAACAGAGGUCUGAAGGAGGAAAGCAGCAACGCCCACAGGUGACUGAUGCAGAAGAGAAAAAGUCCCAGAUCAGUGCUGAUAGUGGCCUCAGUGUUGCAUCUGGAUCUCAGAAGAGUGACACUGAAUCUGCAAACAGCUCGGAGCCACCGAUCCUCACCAGAAGCACCAGCCAGGACUCAGAGGCUAGCACAGUGAUAAGCAAUAGCUCUGGAGAGACUCUUGGAGCUGAUAGUGAUCUGAGCAGCACAGCAGGAGACGGCGUUGGAGGGAGAACAGCUCCUCAUUUAAAUCAGUCCAGAGGAACUCUGUCCGACAGUGAGAUAGAAACCAAUCCAGCCACCAGCUCUGUGUUUGGAAAGACCCACAAACUGAAACCAGGUGCAAAAGAUCACAUAUCUGCGAUGGUGAAGGGCCCACCCGCGCAGCCCCUGGAGGACAUCAGUAUGAGGAUCUACCUUUGUGAGGGUCUGCUGGGGCGGGAUAAGAGCUCCGUUUGGGAUCAACUAGAGGAUGCUGCCAUGGAAACCUUUUCUCUAAGUAAGGAGCGCUCCACUCUGUGGGACCAGAUGCAGUUCUGGGAGGACGCCUUUUUAGAUGCUGUGAUGUUGGAGCGUGAGGGCAUGGGGAUGGACCAGGGACCUCAGGAGAUGAUUGAAAGAUAUUUGUCACUGGGAGAGCAUGACCGCAAGCGCCUGGAGGAUGAUGAAGACAGACUCCUGGCCACACUGCUGCACAACAUGAUUGCAUACAUGCUAAUGAUGAAAGUCGGCAAAAAUGACAUCAGGAAGAAAGUGAGGCGCUUGAUGGGCAAAUCCCACAUUGGCCUCACUUACAGCCAAGAGAUCAAUGAGAUCCUGGACAAACUGGCUCACAUGAACGGCCGUGAGCUGUGCAUCAGGCCCAGUGGAAGCCGCCACAUCAAGAAACAAACAUUUGUUGUUCAUGCUGGCACCGACACAACAGGAGACAUCUUCUUCAUGGAGGUUUGUGAUGACUGUAUAGUCCUGCGGAGCAACAUCGGCACCGUUUACGAGCGCUGGUGGUACGAGAAGCUCAUCAACAUGACUUACUGCCCCAAGACCAAGGUAUUGUGUCUCUGGAGACGUAAUGGCCAAGAGACACAGCUCAACAAGUUCUACACCAAAAAGUGUCGUGAACUCUACUAUUGCGUUAAAGACAGCAUGGAAAGAGCUGCAGCAAGACAGCAAAGCAUUAAACCAGGUCCUGAGCUGGGCGGCGAGUUCCCCGUCCAGGACAUGAAGACCGGUGAAGGUGGACUCCUUCAGGUCACGCUGGAAGGAAUCAACCUCAAAUUCAUGCACAGUCAGGAGCGGAAGGUUUUCAUAGAGCUGAGUCACAUUAAAAAGUGCAAUACAGUGAAGGGAGUCUUUGUCCUGGAGGAAUUUGUUCCUGAAACUAAAGAAGUGGUGAUCCACAAGUACAAGACCCCCAUGGCACAUCAGAUCUGUUACUCGGUCCUCUGUCUUUUCUCGUACGUGGCGGCAGUGAAGGGGAAGGAGGCGGAAGGAAAACCCAAGAUGCUGUCACCGAGACCCCUUCCUAGCUAGUCUCCACCUUCUGCUUUCUCUCCCCCUCCCUCCCCCCUGCUCUUCUUCCUCGACGUGCCUUUCUCCUUGAAAUGGCAUCUGAGCUCUUAAACCAGACUUUUGACAAUCCCCAACUUAAAUCUAAGCACACAAUUCCUGCUCUCUCUUUCUCCCUCUCCUGUAUAUAAGCCUAAAAUCCUUUUUAGACCCAGUUGUGUAGACAUGUUGGUCCUGUGAUGUCAUGUAAAUACAUCCAACCCUUCACCGCUGUUGUCCUGAUGUUUGUACCCAGCUCACUAAGCAUUUGCUUGCUCUUAAAACUGGGGAGACACGACUCCCUUCGUGCUCCUCUGCUCUGUGUGAAAAUUCCCUGUUUUUCCCGCUGCCAUGUCUAAACUGUUUUUACUGAUACGAAAUGUGAGGGAUUGCCCGGAGGCACAGAGUGCAUGCAGGUCCCGUGCACAGCCUUGACAUUCGCUACAGUGAAGCUUCCCCCUCCUGCCUGUCUCCAUACGGCUGUGUUAUUCUGUGAUACGUUGUUACUGUAAAGUUGCGGUCUGUCCAAGUUUAAACUGGUGAAACAUCCAGAGACCCUCUUAUAGUGCAGGAUGGUCCAUACUGAGAAGUAAAAAAAGCUACUGUAUACUGCACCAGAGCACCACAUGUAAACGCUUCUUAAUGGCGUAUGAACCCUAAAAUACUGUGAGUGUUCUCAGAUGUGUUCUCUUGCCCUAGAAUGGCCCACCAGGCUGAAUCACUGUUCUAGUUCUACUGUAAAGUUUCUCGUCUGUGGUCUGCUGUUUAUUAACUGCAUGUUACUAUGAGGAUGAAAAAUAAAUAUUAUAUAUAUAUUUCUAUAUAUAGUAUUUAUUUAAUAUAUAUAUAUUGACUGUACAUUUCUCUGAAAAAAAAGUUACAAAAUGUUAAUAUACUAGAUGUGCAAUACUUCAGAAGUAGUUAGCCAUUGCUGGAGCCAGGUUUUCUCGAGUUAACUGGUUUUCACAGGGUGAAGAAUGUAAGAGAUUUAUUUUCUUUCUGUAGUGCAUAUUGAUCGAAUAGUCGGACUUCAGUGUGAUACGAUUGUUCAUGGUGUCUUCUGAGGUAAUCUUUGGUCAAUCACGCGGCAGAUAACGGCUACUAAGUUGGUCUCUGGGUGGAAACUUCAGAGCGCUUCAGCACAGCCACUUCUGUCAAAGCAGGUGUGCUGAAGAUGCUGUAGAAAACAUCCUCGUCUUGUCCCUGGUUGAAAAUAUCAGGAGAGAUUUUACCGCACAUUUUCCUUCUGAACUCAGCUUCAGGCGACAUGAGACGUGUCUUUGUACACACAUGUCAUGACUUUAAGGCUCGUAGUGAUUAUAUCAGCUGUAUGUUUGCUUUGCUGCAGUUUAAAAUUACUUUAAAGUUGACCAUGUUUACAUCACAUUUUUUCAGAGAUUAAGUUAGGAAAACGCCCAUCAGCCUGAGCUGAUACUUCACUGGGCAUAAAUUUCCCACAUUAGAGGAAUCGUGAUGUAAAAAUAACACCCUUGACAGUUAGAUGUGGGAUCAUUCUUAACCAAGUUCGGUUAUUCUAAUGUGUCGGAGCUACUGUAUUUAUUAGACUACCUUCUAGUGGUAAUAUUUUUAAUAUUUCAGGUACGUUAUUGUCGGAACUGCUGUUGACAUUAUCUUUCAAUUUCCAGUUGAAUGUCAUUUACUGGGAUUAAUCUUAAUUCGUUGUAAUAAAAAAAUAAAACAUAAAUAAAAAUAAUGAAGUGUAAUUUACUCAGAUUUUAGAAGGAAAAAGCAACAUCCAAAUAUUUCUAACAACUUGGCCUUCUCGUGAAUCCUUUUAAAUACCGACAUGGCACCAUGGCCUCCAAGCAAGUGUUACCCUUGUAAUUAUUCUGACAGUAAAAAUCUAGACAGUGCAAGCAAAAUUAGUCCCGCAAUAAAGCCUUCCAUGCUCGCAGUAGGUGGAGAAACCGUGGCGCUCCCGAUGGAGAACACCGGCUUUCAUACGACUGAUCGACUUGUUACAGAAAAGGAACUAAACCACCAAACUCGGCAGCUGAUUUCUGUCCUGUGAUUGACCCCAGACGUGUUGAAGCCAACAGCCGUAGUCACCAGAUCGUCCAGUCUUAAUGUGUGUUUGUUUCAUGAUAGUGAACCAGUCCUGUCGCUGGCCCAUUUACUUCCAGUGAGUGUGUGUAUGUGUGUAAGUGUGGUCAUGUGGUGACCAGUUACUUCAGAUCAGCAAUAUAUUGGUAAAGUUAUAUCACUGGAAGAGGCUUUGUUUUUUUUUUUUGUUGUUGUUUUUUUUGGGGGGGAUUUUCCUGACAUGCUUGUAUUUUUAGUAAUUUAACUGUGCAAAGGAUUAUUUUGAGGAUAUUGAGAUGUUUCAUUAAACACAAGCGCUCCAUCUGAAGCAUCUCCAAACCUGAUCUGGGAAUUUCCUGCUUAAUUAAAAAAAAAAAAAUUCUCUUUUUUUUUUUUAAAACUGGAAUAUUACAGCUCGUCUGUUAUUGUUUUCGCUGGCUGCUAACGGAAGAAAGUAAUGAGAUGCCAGGUGUAAGUAUUCCAGUAUUUGAAAAAAAAAAAAAAAAGUAUUUAUAGAAUAUGUACAGCUUUGGCAAUAUAAUAAAGUUGUCCCAAAUGAA